AUAUAAAACAAUCUAAAAAAUUAAAACUUUAAUCAAAAUAAAGUAAAACAAAAUAUGAGAAAUACCUUUUUGCUUUGCAUUUUAUUGAUCGCAGGAGUUAGCUGCUGGUGGGAUGGUGGUCAUAUGAUGACUGCUGAAAUCGCUAAGUAAGAAAUUCUUGCAAGAAAUGCUACUCUUUACGAACAAAUUGAAAAGUACGUCACUAUUCUUAACCCUCUCUGUGAUGCAAGAAGUUAAGAUUUUGUCUAAGCUGCUAGUUGGGCUGAUGAUAUCAAGGAUGAUGCUAUGAAUUUCUGGUACGGAUGGCACUUCUAUGACAAGCCUGAAAAUCCUUAAGGUUUGUAUGUUAUUUUGGAUUAGGACAACCAAGUCUACAACAGUAUUACUGGCAUCAAGAGAGCUAUUUAAGAGUUAUCUAGAAAGUAUUAUUUACCUCUUUAAAACAACUUGAAUAUAUCAGUAUAAUAAGCUAUUAUGAUGCGUCUUUUAAUACAUAUUGUCGGUGAUAUGCAUCAACCUCUUCAUAAUGUUAAUAUGUACAACUACACUUACACUUAAGGUGAUUUAGGUGGUAACAAGGAAAAAAUUUUACUCCUCAACAAGACUUCUAUGAUUCUCCACUCCUAUUUUGAUAGUGGCGCAACUCGUCUUGACAGCUUCCCUCGUCCUCUUACAUAAGAAAAAUUAAGUAAUCUUUCUGCUUUAGCUUAUGAAUUCAGAGCCUAAUAUCCCAGAUCUUAUUUCGGUCAAAGAAUGAAUGUCACCACUCCUGAACAAUGGGCUUAAGAAUCCUAUGAUAUUGCUCACAAUUUCAUUUAUCCUUUUGUUACUAAAACUAAUCAAAUUACUCCUGAAUGGGAUACUGAAUCCUACGAAAUAAUCAAGUAAUAACUUGCUUUGGGUGGUUAUAGACUUGCUGAUAUCUUACUUGGUAUCUUUUAAAACUAAACUGCACCAGUUAACCAAACUAAAUCUACAAAUACCUAAACUAAUUCUACUUCUAAUCUUAGAAAGACAAUUAUUGCUUGA